CAACUUCAUGCAUGGAAUUUGUGUACUUUAAUUCUCUCUUUGUUUUCAAGGUCAGAUGAAGAUUUUCAAGGAAAUGUUUUGUCAAACUGCACAUUUUCCAAAAUUCUUGCCCCAGGAUUGCGGUUGGGUUGGAUAGAGGCACCACCUAGAAUCAUGAAAUAUAUAGAAACAAGUAAAGUGGCAUGGAGUGGGGGCUCGUUUAAUCAUUACACAUCAAAGGUUGUGGCAACAGCUUUGAAGAAGGGUUUCUUAACAUCACAUGUGCAACUACUGAGAAAAGACUACACAGAGAGAAUGCAGGUUGCUUGUGAAGUACUGUCUCAAAAACUUCCAGAAUCAGUGAAGUAUAUAAAACCAGAGGGAGGUUUCUUUAUAUGGCUGGAGUUACCUGCCCAUGUUGAUGCCAUGGAACUUUUGCAGCUUGCUGUUGACAAAUAUAAAAUUAACUUUAUAUUUGGUGCAAGCACAUCACCAACAGGAAGUUGUAAGAACUGUGCCAGGUUGUCUAUAAGUUUCUGUAACAAGUCACAGAUACAAGAUGGUGUCACAAAGUUCUGUGAUGCACUCAAAGAAAUGAUGAACACAUAAAUUGAGACCAUUGAAAUACAAUAUUUUAAUGUGAAUCAAUCAGCUAUAUACUCAAGUGCAAUAGUAACAUGUUUUAAAAAUGUUGUGAUAAUUUGUUUUUACCUAAAUAGUUAGGGAUUUUAUAUUGAUUAGAUUUUAUAACUGUUGUAGGUUCAAAUCUUGCUGCAGCUUUAGAUUCAUUCUUAUAAGGAAGCUAUGUAGCUUGCUGAAAUAAGGUUGAUGGUUUUACUUGAGUGUCUGCUUAUGCCUAAAAUAAUGAUGAGGUUUUCCUACAUCGGUAUAGCUGCAAAGACAUCCUAUAAUCUUUACAGUAUCGGUAUGACUUUAAUCAAAUCAAAAUUUAUUUAUUGUCGGUAUAUAUAUAUAACAUUUUACAAAAUUUAAGCUAUUAAACUUUCCCUUCCCAUUUAAUAUAUCAAUUAUGUUGUAUUAUUUUCUCAAGAGUUCGAAUUGAUAUUGGUUAUAGACUUUUUCUGUUUUCUGAUUUAUUACAGAGCUGGAAAAUAAAGAUGGAAGAAAACCAUUUGAGUCGCGUCACGACAAAACCAACAUAAUGUGUUUGCGACCAGCAUGGAU